UUGGCACUACCCAGGAGCCUAAACCCUAAACCCUGAUUCACCUUCGAUUGAUCGCACAGAAACCCGAAAAGGUAGCAGAAGAAAAAUGAGCGGAACACCUGAUUUCUUCUACAGAGAAGCCCAGCGCCUCGGCUAUGUUGCUCGCUCUGCCUUCAAGUUGAGUCAGAUGCAGAAGCAGUACAAAAUCAUAACCCCAGGUUCUUCUGUUCUCGAUCUUGGUUGUGCUCCUGGUGCUUGGCUUCAGGUGGCCUGUCAAAAUUUGGGGCCUUUGGAAAAGGGUGGAGUAGUUGUUGGAGUUGAUGUUAAGAAGGUGAAGGUCCCAUCCAAGUAUUGUGAUGCAAGGGUUAAAACAGUUUGUGCUGAUGUGUUGAAACUGACAAGAGACCACGUUAGAGCACUCUCUCCUCAGGAAAAAGGAUUUAGCGUCAUACUCUCUGAUAUGUGCCCCUUAGUAUCUGGAAUUACAAGUAGAGAUGCAGCUUUAUCUGCGCAACUCGGGAUGCGGGCCCUUGAUCUUGCAGUCGGGAGGGCUGCUGUUGCCCUUGACUGCAUAGACACUAAUAACAGCAUUAAUAAUUUGUUAUCAUCUGUGGAAGUGCAAUCAGAUAGUUCAUGCUCGGCUUCAAAUGCCAAUGGUGUGCUUCGACCAGGAGGCCACCUUCUCAUUAAGCUUCUCGAAAGUGAAGACAUAAAAGAAUUCGGCCAAAUUUGCAAGAAACUCUUCAAUAAGGCAUCAUGGUUGAGGCCUAAAGCUACGAGAUCUUGUUCCAGGGAGAUUUAUUUGAUUUGCCAGGGGUUAAAAUAGGUGAUGCCAUGACAUAUGUGAUAUCAUUCAUGUGGUUUAACUCUUGAAACCUUUUUGUCAUGUAAAUUUAUUGUGUCUCAUCAAUAAGACUAUUUCUCUUUUUCAUCCUUUUGUAUUAUCAUAAAUCAAUGGGAGUUUAGAUCUCUGGUUUUGGUAUUUGUGAACGAAAGUAUUUAAAUUGCACUAGAG